UUCGUAAUUUGUUGAAAAGAAAACGGCCAUACAGAACAUAUGUAAACUGAUUUUGUUCGAUUUAUUACUGAAAGAAAGUUUCAAAAAUUUAACUAAAUAACUUCGAAAAAAUGUUAUAACUCUUAACGAACCUAAGAAUAAUAAUAAGGUCUUUAUGAGUUGUUUUGACUGAAUUAUUCAUUUUGUCACUGUCGAUAUUCUAUUCGAACGUUACAAAUUGUUGUGUAUUGAAUAUGCAAUUGAAGAUGGAGAAAGAAGAUGUAUGCGUGACACGCACGUGUCGUUGUGGAUCUCUCUCCCUCCUUUUCCUCUGAAGCUUUCUUCUUCAUCCUCUGUUUCCUUGGUAAAAAAAUAAAAGAGAGCUUUGAACGAAAACAAAUCAACAAAAGCAAAUAAAAAUGACUAUUACGAAUAUGUUGAUCUGGAGAAAUCUUCUUUUCUGGUUCCUCUCAAAUACGUUGAUUCCAGGAUCUGUUAGAGCACAAUCUAUCACACUGAACUCCAUUGAGAUAUUCACGAAGCAUGACUGGUUCAAACUCAAACACACGGUCUACUUUCAAUGCAAAGGAGAGAACAAGACUGUUCUUCCCGACGUUACCAAAUCCGAAAUCUUGUACACUUUUCGCGGUCAAGAAUCAUGGCAGCCUAUGACUGAGAUCAGUGGCGAAAAAUGUAAGCGAUGUGGAAUCUAUGAGCAAGGCAGUCUGAUAUCAGACAAAGAGUUUGAUGAAUGGGAGCUUUGUCCUUCUGAUUUCUCAGCUAGCCAAAUCUAUAUGCAUUUUAAGGAAAAAGAGAUCAAUGCUACUUUUGUCUGCCACGGUUGUGCCAAGCUUGACUCCGUAUCUGCUGGAGCAACGACGGGUUCAAGUUCAAAAGAGGAAGGAGAUAAUGGAUCAAAAGUUGCAAUAGCGAUUGUGGCAGGGGUCUUGUGUGCAACUCUUGUUGUGGUUGGAGGGGUAUUCAUGUUUAGGCACUCAAAGAGGAUGAAGCUGCAGCGAGAUCAAGCCAGGUUUAUGAAGCUGUUUGAGGAAAAUGAUGAACCUGAAGAUGAACUUGGACUUGAACCUGUGCUAUGACAUGGCCUUGAGCCGUUUUUUUUUUUUGACAGAGAUUUUUGUGUUUCAUGAAUU